CAUGUCUUUCUUCUGGUCUCAUCGAAUCAAAGGCCAGUGUAUACGAUGUAGAAGACUUCCAAGCAUCUCAAUUCCUCAACUACGAUGGUUGUUAUGAUGCUUCUUUAUUUAUUCAGGCAAAAGAGGAGUCGACGUUAACAAGCGACAUGCUGAUUCAUAAUGACAAAAGUCCAAUGUCUGAUAUCUUGAAUUCCUUCCUAAACGAGGAAUUGUUAAAAAAGUCAUGGGAGUAGCAAAGAAGCUGUAGAAGAAGACAUGGCUACUGCCAUCACUACUGCUAUCAGUAAUGAUAAAGACGUUGCCAGUGAAGAAGAACAGGCUAAAAAUCAAGUCAAACCGACAUCAUCACCGCCCUCCUUACCAACAGAAACGCCCAAAGACGUAACAGAAAACGACCACACUGUGCCGGUCAGCACGAUGGCUGCAACUAGUCUAUCCUCUGAUCAAAAGCGUGCAAAUCAUAUCGCUUCAGAACAAAAAAGACGCAACAUCAUUCGUGGUGGAUUUAAAGAUUUAACAGAAUUGAUACCAACUUUGAAAGACAUUAAUAAUUCAAAGAGCACAAUUCUCUUUAAAUCCGUUGAUUACAUCAAGCAUUUGGAAAAAAGGAACAAAUCCUUAAAAGAGCGUUUGUCUCUUUUGCAAGCUAAGGUGCAACAAAAACAUCGACUUCAACGCCAACAACAAAAGAUGCAGCAACGUCAACAACAUCAUUAUCCUCUUCAUCAUGCUCCUCAUUCUGACUUGUCUACGAACGCUACUAUUGCCGCUUUAUUGCUUCAUAGAAACCAACAACGACAGUUGGAGAUGCUUCAAGAGCAAUUGAAACGACAACAAGAAUUACUAGCAAAGCAUAAUAUCCCUACUACUACUACUACUACCACUACUACUACUCCUACUCCUACUCCUACUACUACUGCUAUUAUCACUCCUGUGAACAAAACAACAUUCUCUAGGCAUCAUCAACAACCAUCAUUCCAUAGCCUGAAUCAUAACGUCAGUUAUAACUCAAUCUCUAUUCCUGUUCUGAACGACACACCGACAACGUCAACGACCACCUCGCCGAUACUUUUGAACGCAUCUUUACCUUCUUGUUCAAACUCUUUUGUAAAUAGUCAUACUACUUCUUCUAUCUCUUCCACAACUACUACAGCUGCUUUAGUUAUACCUGCUUCUUUCGAAGACUACCAACAGUUGCAACCUCAGUACUCACAGCAUUCGUCCAACAACAAUUUCAUUACACCGAGUUUCACAAUCCCAGCAGAUGAAAACUUUCAUUAUCAUCAACAACAACAAAACGUUUACCGUGAGCGGCUAUUAAGUUCUGGUAAAUUGAAUCAUCUACGUGAAGACUUUGAUUAUAUAAUGUGAUAUUACGUUAUUCUUUUUUUUUUUUUUUUUUUUCUC